CAUGACAGAUGCCAUUGUUCCUAUCAGAGUGGACAGAACAAUGUGGCUCCUGACGGUUCUGCUCCUGUGCGUUCCAGUCUAUGGACAAGUGGCAGACCCCACAAGGGCAGUGAUCACCUUGCGGCCUCCAUGGGUCAGUGUGUUCCAAGAGGAAAGUGUUACCUUCAACUGUGAAGGGCCUGGGAACAGCUCCACCCAGUGGUUUCUCAAUGGCACAGCCAUUCAGACCUCGAGUCCCACAUACAACAUCACUGAGGCCAGGCCCAAUGACAGUGGAGAAUAUAGGUGUCAGACAUCUCUCUCAAGACUAAGUGACCCUGUGCAGUUAGAAGUUCACAAAGUGUCUGAUGGAGACUGGCUGCUGCUCCAGCCCACUGCCAGAGUCUUGACUGAAGGGCAGAAUCUGACCUUGAGAUGCCACGGCUGGAAGGACAAGCAGGUGUACAAUGUGCUUUUCUACCAGAAUGGCAAAACCUUUAAGUUUUCUCCUCGAGAUUCUGAACUCACAAUUCUGAAAACCAAUGUGAGCCACAGUGGCAACUAUCAUUGCUCCGGCAAGGGAAGACAGCGCUUCAAAUCAGCCGGAACGUCUAUCACUGUAAACGAACUAUUUCCAGCUCCAGUGCUCACAGCAUCCUUGUCAUCCCCCCUUCUAGAGGGGCAUCUGGUCAACCUGAGCUGUGAAACGCAGUUGCAGCCUGGGCUGCAGCUUUAUUUCUCCUUCUACCUGGGCAACAAGACCCUGCAGGAUAGGAACACAUCCUCUGAGUACCAGAUACUGACUGCUAGAAGAGAAGACUCUGGGUUCUACUGGUGUGAGGCUGCCACAAAAGAUGGAAGUAUCAUUAAGCGCAGCCCUGAGCUGGAGCUUCAAGUGCUUGGACUCCAGUCACCAAUUCCUGUCUGGUUUCACAUCCUUUUCUAUCCGUCACUGGGAAUCAUGUUUUUGGUGGACACUGUUCUCUGCUUGAAAACACAGAAAGAACUGCAAAGAAAGAAAGAAUGGGAUUUAGACGUCUUUCUGGCUUUUGAUGACGGAAAGAAAGUAACUUCUUACCUCCAAGAGGAUCGACGAUCAGAAGAGGAGGUGAAAUGCUAAGAAAAAGGGAAAAGCCAUAGCCCAAGAAGCCCAGAGAAUAGCAGUCCUAGCUCAGUGGGUAGCCACAGAUCUGACCAGCCCCUACCCCUUCCUCUCUGUGGGCACUGUAGAAUACAAACAUUCAGAAGUUGACUGAUACUAAAACUGUGGGUCCCAUGGCAUAUAACUUCUUUUUUGCACAUUCAUAUAAUUUUUUAUUACAGUAUAUUGCUACAAUUCA